UUGUGUGGAUGACUGCGGACGAAGCUAGCUAGCUACCGCCGUUUCGCUCGUGUUCAACAACACACACGGACGACCACACCGAGUUAGCCCAGCUAGCCAGCUAACUAAUCAUGGUGAAUGUAAAGAAGCGGAAAGGUCGAGUCGUUAUCGAUUCGGACUCUGAAGACAGCGCUAGCGAUGAUAAUUUGGAUCAGGAACUCCUGUCUCUGGCCACCAAGAGGAAGAGGGUGGACUCUGAUGACCAGCAGGAUGAACAGCCGGUCAGCAAACCUGCCGCUUCCUCAGACUCCGAGACCUCAGACAGUGAUGAUGAGUGGACGGCCGGUGGACCUAAAGUCAAAAAGAAAUCCAAGCCAGGGAAACCGUCCACGACGGAGAAGAAAAAAGAGGCCGCCAAGAAGAAGGCGCGUAAGGCGGCAUCAUCCGGCAGCUCUGACGGUGACAGUUCUGCCGAGAGUUCAGCGCCUGAGGAGGGUGAGGUGUCUGACUCUGACAGCAACAGCUCCGCCUCCAGCUCUGACUCAGAGUCCUCGUCGGAAGACGACGUGUUCCGGGACGGUUAUGGGGAGGACCUGAUGGGGGACGAGGAGGACCGCGCUCGGCUUGAGCAGAUGACCGAGAAAGAGAGGGAGCAGGAACUUUUCAACAGGAUAGAGAAGAGGGAGGUGCUCAAGAGGAGAUUUGAAAUAAAAAAGAAACUAAAGACGGCAAAGAAAAAGGAGAAAGAAGAGAAGAAAAAGAAGCAGCACGAGGAAGAACAGAAGAAAAAAGAGAAAACGCCAGGCAGUCAUCUUGAAGACCGGACUCAUCAGGACCAGCAAGUGGUUAUGUCUCACAACAAGGAGAGGCGAUCUAAACGAGAUGAGAAGCUGGACAAGAAGUCCCAGGCCAUGGAAGAACUCAAGGCAGAGAGAGAGAAGAAAAAAAACAGAACAGCGGAGCUCCUGGCGAAACGGCAGCCCCUGAAGACCAGCGAGGUUUACUCGGACGAUGAGGAAGAAGAGGAGGAGGAUGACGACAAAUCGUCAGUAAAGAGUGAUCGCAGUUCACACUCUUCAUCGGACUCAGAAUAUGAAGAGAAGGAGGAGACGCCCCCAAAGUCACAGCCUGUGUCACUACCAGACGAGUUGAACCGGAUCCGGCUGUCCCGGCACAAGCUGGAGCGCUGGUGUCACAUGCCUUUCUUCCAGAAGACUGUGAGCGGAUGCUUUGUCCGUAUCGGCAUCGGGAACAGCAGCAGCAAGCCCGUUUACAGGGUGGCGGAGAUCGUAGACGUGGUUGAGACCGCUAAAGUAUACCAGCUGGGAACAACCAGGACAAAUAAAGGACUACAGUUACGGCAUGGUGGUGACACCAGAGUAUUCAGAUUGGAGUUUGUGUCCAAUCAGGAGUUCACAGAAAACGAGUUCAUGAAGUGGAAGGAGGCGAUGAUCAUAGCCAGUAUGCAGGUUCCCACUCUGGAUGAGAUCAACAAGAAGGAGCAGGCCAUUAAAGAGGCAUGCAACUACAAGUUCAACGACAAAGACAUAGAGGAUAUCGUUAAAGAGAAAGACAGAUUCCGAAAAGCUCCCUCCAACUAUGCCAUGAAGAAAACCUCUCUACUCAAAGACAAGGCCAUGGCAGAGGAGAGUGGUGAAGGAGAUCGGGCCAAAGAGAUUCAGGAGCAGCUGAAUGAGCUGGAGGAGAGGGCAGAACAUCUAGACAGGCAGAGGACCAAAAACAUAUCUGCCAUCAGCUACAUCAACCAAAGGAAUCGUAGCUGGAACAUUGUGGAGUCUGAGAAAGCUCUAGUGGCUGAGGGGCAGAAUGCCAAGAUGCAGAUGGACCCGUUCACUAGACGACAAUGCAAACCUACCAUGGUGUCCAACGCCAGGGACCCUUCCGUCCACGCAGCUAUCCUACAACACCUCAAUGAGAAGUACGGAGAAGGGUCAGGAAAGGAGAUGGAUUUAGAGUUUGAGAUGGGCAGAGGAGCCGGACAGUCUGCGCUGAAAGUCAUUGACCCUACUAAGAACACCAGCGACCUCUCUGAGGACUUAUUUAAAGUUCAUGACUUUGACGUCAAGAUUGACCUUCAGGUUCCCAAUGCAGAAGCCAAGUCUCUAUCAGUGAGUGCGAAUACCUUACCAGUGAAGGACGGAGCUCCGCGCAGGUCUCUUAACCUGGAGGACUACAAGAAGAGGAGGGGCUUGAUCUAAAGAACUACAGGAAGUAGGGGAGGGUCUUGAUCUAAUGAUCAAGCGACCUAGCCGCUUCGGUCGGACGUGUGCAUGUGUGUGAGAUGUAUGACUGUACGAGCGAACGAGCAUGUGUGUAGAUGUGUGUAUGCGUGAGAGAAGCGUGGGUGUGUUUGUUGGAUGUUUGUGUGUAUGCUGGAGACUGUCCAUCCAGAACUGAGAGGAAAUAUUAAUUAAGAGAACUUUUUUUUUUCUUUUUUUUUUUUUCUCCAGAGGUUUCAUCAGAAGAGAGUUGUACAUGUGACUUUGUUUCUGCGUCAUGUACAAAGUCGUACUCUGACUUUUUUUUCAUAGUUAUUUCUAAGUUUUUAUAAACACAUCUGAUGUUGGUUCUCCCUCAUACGGAUCUGAAGUUCACUCCUUUGGGUGUUAUGGUCCUUUACAAGGGCAGUGUGCUCCUGGACUUUUACUUUGAAGAAGGACACUGUCUUAUAAGGCUUCAAUUGUUCAUAUACUUAGAGAUCAUUGGAUUGUGAGCUCAAUCUGGUUUCCCUGUCAAUAAAUGCAGACUGGAUUUUUUUUGUACAUGAUUUUAGUUAUUUUUCUUACCUAAGAGUUGAGAGCGGUACCACCUCCCUGCCAUGAUGUUCAGCUGAUUGCCCUCUCUCCUCAGACAGCAGGGCUGGCCCAUAAUCUGCCUGUCUACUGGACAGUUCAUGUCACUUUUUAAAUUCUACAAAAACAAAAGGAUAAAAAAUCUAUUUACAUGAAUCACAGAGAGAAUAGUUUUUUUCUUUUUAAUCUCUAGUUUUUUGCUACCCUUAACUCCUAUUUCCAGAGCAGAUUCUAAGUGUUAUUGAUUGUGUCCUUAGUCAGUUCCUAUAUUGAUGUGGCAUGCCAUGUAAAUAAUACAAUUUGGAGUGAGUGCGGCAGAAUAAACAGGCACCGUUUCGUACCA